AUGGAGCACGUCAAGCCAGGUUCCGCGUUGCGCGAUUCGACCAAGAAUGGAUCGCGCAAGGAUGCCACCUCGCCUCUGUUGGAGAUUGCUUGCUUUAAUGAAAAGUCGGCUAUAAUUGCUGCCAGUGCUGGAGCUGAUCGGAUUGAGUUAUGUCGGGACUAUGCAUCAGGAGGCUUGUCGCCAGAGCCCGAGACUGUGGCCAACUUGAAAUCUCAGAUCUCCAUCCCAGUCUAUGUGAUGAUCCGACCACAUGCCGAGAGCUUCUAUUACAACGACACAGACUUCGAGACCAUGAAGCGUACAAUGCAAUCGCUCAUGGAGAAAGGAGCAGAUGGCUUUGUAUUUGGUAUUUUGACUCUGGAUGCACCAGCGCAGGCCAUUCCUCGGAUUGAUGUGGCGAGAAACAAAGAAUUGGUUGAGCUUGCACAAGGCAGGCCAUGUACCUUUCAUCGUGCGUUUGACCUGAUACCGGAAUCGAACUGGGAUUUUGCCCUUGCCGACAUCGUGGAGUGUGGGUUUACCUCUAUCCUGACGAGUGGCCCAUCCGGUGGGACGGCGAUUGAAUGUGUCGAUCAACUAGACCGCCUGAUACAUGAACGACUUGUGCAGUUAAAGAGACGUAUGGAAGGUUAUAAUCGGUUGCCUCAGAUCAUUGUAGGCGGAGGUGUUAGAGCAACAAAUAUUAGAAUGUUAUGGGAGAGGACGCGUGCUCCCGCAUUUCAUUCUGCUGCCCUUGCUCUAUCGUCGAUGGAGUUGGCCAGUGAGGGUGAAGUAGAGGCGUUGAGGGCCGCCCUUAACCAAGCAAUAUGA